AUGGAACAGCAAAUCAGUUCCACUUCAGGUUGGCGAUGUGUCUUGGACCGGAACUUGGCGAGACUUGCAUGCAGGCAAGCACCGCCUCCCCGCAAAAACGGGGUGGAGAUCAUUUCUGUGGUGCAACGUCUGCUUAUGACGCGCUUGCACUUAAUGAAUCUCCGAUCCCGACCAACUAGCAGAACGUCUGUUAAAUCCGAUGCAAAGAUGCGAUUGAUCGUCUUUGGUGGUUUCCUUCUAGCGCUUAGUGGUUCCCGGGGUGAUGAGGUGCGUCAAUGGCCCACUUUGCUAGCUCUCAACGCACGAGGAUCAGCUGAAAUGAACUGUGUGCAGGAAGGAACGCUUCGCGAUAACAUGCUCUGGUAUCGUCAAUCCGCUGAUGGAAGCUUCACUUUAAUCGGCUACAUAUACUUAGCAGGGGAAGCUCAGUAUGAAGAAGGUUUCAAGAGCGGCUUUUCUAUUACAAGGACAAUGGAAAAUAAAAAAUCUACUUUGAAGAUCGACAGCGUUAAACUCACGGACAGUGCAAUUUAUUUCUGUGCAGCUAGCACAUCGCUUCAUAAUGAGAAUUACUUUGGGCAAGGGACGAAACUAACAGUUUUGGCAUAUUCUGGCCAUUUCGGAGGAAGGUUAUUGUCAAGCAAAUUUCUGUUGAUCUGUAUACACAUCUAUGCCAGACCAGAACAUGAUGUUAAGGAUCCUGUCACCACUAUCUUUGGACCCUCUCCAGGAGAGCUUAAAGACAAAAAGAAGGCAACUGUGGUAUGCCUAGUAACUGCCUUCUAUCCUGACAAUAUCAAAAUCCACUGGGUUGUUGAUGGCACUGAAUUAUUGCCCAAUGAUUCGCGUGUUCAGACUGACCGCAAUUCCACGUUAGAAGAUGGAAACAAAUCUUACAGCAUCAGCAGUCGGUUCAGAUUGCCAGCUAAAGAUUGGGCCCAGUCCCAAAAAGUUGAGUGCAAAGUGGAUCACUAUCAACAAGGAACAGAAAAGAAAACAAAAACAGAAGUUUUACCCAUCAAAGCUGAAAUCUGCGGUAUAAGUAAAGAAAACAAAAUGCACAGCAUGAAAGAAGGAAAAUUAAUGUACCUGAUAUUGACUUGCAAAAGUGUCUUUUAUGGAAUAUUCAUCUCAAUAAUUGCUUGGAAAACUAAGACAUCUUACAGCAAAAUAUUUGACUGAUUAUCACAAAGCAAUGAAGACAAUGAACAGACGAAUAGCAGAACAUAUGGAAGAGAGGGAGAAGCAAGAAAAAUGAAUACUGUGUUUAUCUAUGGGGUGAAUUUGAUCCAAUUAAUUCUCACCACACCACUGUAAAGAUCAGCACAAUAGCACUAUGGAAGAUGAAUGAUGGACAUUUAUACAUUGGCUUAUCAUUUUCUGCUGAAAUAAAUCUUUUCAGGGUCUUGACAUGUCUUUGCUUUCCUAGUGUCUAAAUAGGUUAACUUUUGAGGAAUACAUAGUAUUUUUCCAGUUUUUUGUGGUUACUUAUUAAUCCAUAAUCUUUAAAACUUUAUAGAGAAUCAUAGAACUCUUAAAUCAAAAUGGAAGACCAUUUGACCAAACGUGAAAAUACAGAUAUCCUUGAAAUUUUUAUUACAAAACAAUUUUUUACAAUUAAUUUCACUUUCCCAUUUUCUGUGUGAAACUAUAUCACACGUCCCCUGUGUCGAUCUAUUAAACUAUGUAUAUUGUUAAGCAAAAAGGCAGAUUGUAACUCAAAUCUUGUUUAAAACAAAUCUUAUCUAUUAAUGUACAAACUGUUAUUGCUUGCUUUAGAUUUCAUUUCAUCGGUUGCUGAAACUGAGAUCCUCAUUGUCCAUUAUUUUUCAUUGGUUUCUCAGUAAAUCAGAUAUUGACAGUUUUCUCAUGAUUUUGUCCUUUACUCUUUUCUAUGUUUGUUCAAUGUUUAAGAAAUAAAUAGAAAGUUUAUACAAUGAAA